GUGGGUUAGAUCGGUCGGACCACUAUUAUGGAUGAAGAGCAUAUUGUUGGUGAUCAAGACAGAGGCAGUAGAAAACGAAAAUGGGGUGCAACAUCACGGCAGCGGCAGAAAGAAAUACGAUACGCUAACCCUGAUCCCAACCUUGAUGGUUUCGAAGUCUCCUGUAAGCAUGGCAGAAAUAAAAAACUUUCAUGUAAGGAUAUUCCUUUCGAAGAUCUAAGGCGCUGCCGACAAAAGUCUUAUUCACAAAAAGACAAGGUUAAGAAAGAUACGAAACUGUCUCAUUUAAUUGAAAUUGGAACUCCUAGGAGAAAGAAACGUUCAGACCAAAGCUUUACUAGAAACCGCAACAUUACUGUGCAUUACAAUGUGUGGAGCUCCAACAGCAAGAAAAUAGUUUGUCAGAAAAUGUUUUUAAAAAUUUUUGGUAUUAGUCAGAAACGCAUACAAAAUAUUUCUAGGCAAAUGAAAGCUGGAUCGGGUAUUUCUGAAAAUCGUGGUGGUGACAGACGUUCGCAGAAAAAUGUGGAAAAGCGCAAAAAAGUGAAAGCAUUCAUCGCAAAUUUAAAGGGGCAAGAGAGUCACUACGGAAGAGCGAAAUCUAAAAGGAUAUAUUUAUCUGCAGAGUACAAUAUCACCAUACUACAUAGGCUAUACAAUGAUAGCGUUGAAGUAAGCUAUAAACUAUCCACAGAAAGAUGGCGUGAGGGUGAGGAAUUGCAAUGGCUUCGUCCUAUUUUUCCAGAGCCCAUUGAAGAGCUACAAGAGAAUAGUGAUGAAGACAAUGAUGAAGAUAAUGCCCAAGAAGUAUGUAACUGCAUCGAAGAUGAUGGUGGAGUGAAAGUUUGA